AGCCAGGACGCGCAGUAGUGACAGAUGAUAAGCCAGGACGCGCAGUAGUGACAGAUGAUAAGCCUGUUCCUUCAGGUUAUCCCACAUCACCGACAAGUCCUGCCUCAGGGAGAGUUCAGGAGGAAUCUACAGACUCCCCUGCAUGGCAACGCCGCAAGGCCUUCUUCAGCAGUGAAAGCGAACCUAGUGUUAAAGAGGAUCCCCAAAAGCGUUGGAACGAAGCUGCCAUCCUUCAGCUCAAGACGAAAAACAUGGUUCUAAGACACUGCACUAACUCGAUCUUCCCGCUACCUGUGACAAGGGGAAGGAGAGACACAGCAAGGAAGCUCUGGACGCAAGCCGUUAAGCCAGCGGUCGCCAAGGAGCCCCCGAAACCUGCCGUAGUUCAGGGCGAGGAGUCUCCUCAUGGGAAAAGGCGAUCAAGCUUACUUGGUGAGCGGCGGGACAGCUCCCACAAAGUCCGACGGAAGCAAAGCAAUGGGAAGAAACCUUUAGAGGACCUAACUGUACAUAUGCUUAGAAAGAGCAAUGUCGAUAAUAGAAGACCUCCAUGCAGCAAACAAAACAGCUUUGAGGAGUUGCCGCCUCUACCCCCAUGCAGUGAACAAAAUGGCUCACGGCAAAGCCUUCCACAUAGUAGGCGUGAGAGCAGAGAAAAGAAUCUCCGUUCGAGACAAGGUAGUGUGGCCGAGUUAUGCAAAGACAGCAGAAGAUCUAGCAGGGAGAGACGGGGUUCAUCUCGCCUGAACAGUCGCCGCGGCAGUGCAGACAGAACUCAUCCCGGAAACCGACGAGGUACAAAAGCGAGCUUCACCGAAAAUAUGCUUAGAAAAUGUCUUGAAGCCGCCUUAGACAAAUGUGAGUUGGAAGAGAUGGAGGUGACUGACGAAGAGCUAGGGAAGAAAGGGCAGCCCAGGUACCACGACAGCCUCGACAAAUCCCUCAGCCGAGCCGUCACGCGCAAAAACAUCGAGAAGGUCCGGGAGCUUCUCGAGAACGGAGCUAAUCCGAACAUCAGCACAGGCCACGUCCCCGUGCUCCUGCGUGCGGCCAGAGACGGGGCGCUGUACGUGGUGCAAGCCCUGCUCAGGGCCGGGGCCGACGUGGACGCCCGGUCUGAGCAGGGGAACAGCGCCUUGCAUGAAGCAGCUCGCGUUGGCCAUAACGAAGUGGUCAUCUGCCUCGUGUACAGCAACGCUCAUGUCGAUGCUAUCAACCGGAACGGCGUCACGCCACUGCAGACGGCCCUUUCGUACGGCCAGGUGGAGGUGGUUCAAACCCUCAUACGAUUUAACGCUGACGUUUACCUAAAGAACAAAGUCGGCGAAUCUGCUCUAACGAUUGCUGAACAUCUAGGUUAUGUUGGACUUACUGGAAGCGCUGCAGAAGUGAGGAGGUCCUCUGGGCCAGGUACAUGCGCACCCGUGGUUCAGAUGGAAGUCCCUGUUUCGGUGCAGCUGAUACUUGGCCUGGAGGAAGGGUGCCCCCUCACCGUAGAAAACUGCCUCUCUCAAGGUGCCAGCUGCAACACUCUCGUCCCGCUUGCUCUCCACUGGCCCGCAUGUGCGACUGUGCUUCACCGCGCAGCGCAUCACGGAGACGACCUCAUAGCGCGGCUCCUGCUUCAGUCAGGGGCAGACGUUAACGCUAGAGAUGUGGUGGGCAACACGCCCCUGCACGCGGCUGCUCAGGCUGGCCACAACAGGGUGGUGAAAUUGCUGCUGGCCCACGGCGCACAGCUGGAAGCAACGUCUCGCUCGGGCAUGACGCCGCUCCACCGGGCGGCGUCGAAGGGGAAGGAGCUCACCUGCAACCUCCUGCUGCGCCGAGGAGCGAACACCCAGGCCGAAGACAGCGAAGGCCGCACCCCGGCAGACUGGGCCACGAGGCGCGGCUUCAAGUCCGUUGCUCGGAAGCUGGGCCAUCGCCGGAGGAGCAGCUCAGGACUGAUGGCGGAGCAGCAGCACAAAGCCUACAUCAAGUACCUGGACGAGUUAUACAAAGCCUCGCAUCUGGAGUCGUCUCGAGCCUCUCCCUCGCCCGAACCCGAACCCGCCUGACUUCACCGCGCACCCACGCUAGUUACUAUUCACAACAUUGUACCUCUUUUAAUAAAAAAA